ACGCUAAAUGAACCAAACGGGAGCGGAUUCGAAAAUUUUUUAAUUUACUCCUGUUGUUUCUGCUUCUUUAACAUUUUCCCAUGAAUUAAGCGUGGGCAUUUUCGCUUUCUCGUUCGAAGAUAAUUCAUGUUCCUGUAUCCAUCGAAACCCUAGCUAGAAUCUUCUCUUCUCUCGACCUUUUCCGCGGAAGAAAUGGCUUUUUGGUGGCCGUUGAUCGUCUUGGCAUUCGCUUACGCGAUCUGUCGGUUAUUGUUGAUGCUCAUUCCUCCCAAUGUGCCUUCCAUUGAUGUCGAUACCUCCGAUGUGUUGGACGAUAGAAAUCAGACGCAGGAUAAUGGCUACAUAUAUAUACCUCCUAGGGGAAGGAUCCAGCAGUCAGAUGAAAAAGUUCGGUGCUACGAGCCAGCGACUAUGAAAUACUUGGGAUACUUCCCUGCAUUAUCACCUCACGAGGUUAGAAUCAUUAGAAUACUCGCCAGGAUUUAUUGCUUCAUUAGUGCUUACUUUUCAAGACGUGCACCUUAUCACCAUUGUGGUAUAAUGACUCUUAUUCGUAAAGAAGUUUGAACAUGUGAAGUGAUGUUAACUUACAGGGUUACUGAAAUUUAUUGCUUUGACAAAUACUUAUAUAAUUUAAUCCUCUGCAAUUUUUUUCUCAGGUCUUCUGGAAGAUCUAUGAUUCACAAGAGGUCCAAAGUAGAAUUCUACCCCCUUGGUGUUAUAGGGGCCAUUGUUUCAUGGAAUUAUCCUUUUCACAAUAUUUUUAAUCCUAUGCUGGCUGCUGUUUUUUCAGGGAAUAGCAUUGUGAUCAAGAUUUCAGAACAUGCAAGUUGGUCUGGAUGUUUCUACUUCCGUAUAAUCCAGGCAGCUCUAGCUGCUGUUGGAGCUCCUGAAAAUCUUGUUGAUGUAAUCACAGGGUUUGCGGAGACAGGAGAAGCAUUGGUGUCAUCUGCUGACAAGAUCAUAUUUGUUGGAUCACCAGGUGUUGGCAAGAUGAUAAUGAGAAAGGCUGCAGAUACACUUAUACCAGUUACACUCGAGCUUGGUGGGAAAGAUGCAUUUAUUGUGUGUGAAGAUGUAGAUGUCUCUCAUGUUGCACAAAUUGCUGUCAGGGCUGCUCUUCAAUCGAGUGGGCAGAACUGCGCUGGGGCUGAGAGAUUUUAUGUUCACAAGGACAUUUAUUCAUCAUUUGUCAGUCAAAUAGUGAAAAUUGUGAAGUCUAUUUCAGCUGGACCACCACUGGCUGGAAGGUACGAUAUGGGUGCUAUAUGUUUGCUGGAACAUGCUGAUAAACUUCAAAAUCUUGUAAAUGAUGCCUUAGACAAAGGAGCAGAAAUUGUUGUUCGUGGAAGUUUUGGUCAUUUACUUGAGGGUGCAGUUGAUCAGUAUUUCCCGCCUACUGUACUUAUUAAUGUGAACCACACUAUGAGGUUGAUGCAAGAAGAGGCUUUUGGACCAAUUAUGCCGAUUAUGAAAUUUAGUACCGAUGAAGAGGCUGUAAGGCUUGCAAAUGACUCUAGGUAUGGGCUUGGCUGUGCUGUUUUUUCUGGCAGUCAGAGGCGUGCAAAAGAGAUAGCUUCCCAGAUACACUGCGGUGUUGCUGCAAUUAAUGACUUUGCAUCAACUUAUAUGUGUCAGUCUCUGCCGUUUGGAGGUGUAAAAGACAGUGGAUUUGGUCGCUUUGCUGGCAUAGAAGGAUUGCGUGCUUGUUGUCUUGUAAAAUCUGUUGUUGAGGAUAGAUUUUGGCCAUAUAUCAAAACAGUCAUACCAAAGCCUAUUCAGUAUCCUGUAAGGGAGAAUGGAUUUGAAUUUCAGGAGUCACUUGUAGAAGCUCUUUAUGGCUUGAACAUUUGGGACCGACUGCGUGCAUUGGUCAAGGUUUUGAAGCUCUUAUCGGAGCAACAAACUCCUGCGGCUGGCCAGAAAAGAAGAAAUGACUAAGCAGGCCAGACAGAAAGUGGCAAUAUGUCGAAGGUAUGUUUUCCAAAUCAAUGGUUGGCUUUUUUCUUCUCUUUCCUUAAUAGUUUAUUCUGUUAAAAUAAUGUAACUGCCAUUGGGUGGUAUAGUUCCCCAACAUUUUGUUUGUUUUGAUCCUGCCGGAAAUAUAAGAAUACUUCUGUGCUGACCAUCCACUGUAGAUGAGUUCUAACGCAACAAAAGAAUUCAGAGCAUCCAAAGCACCACCAGAUCUUGACUUUCAGGUUAUGGUUGGUAUAAGUCAACUUUUACAUAGAUGAUUAUGGUGACUCAAUAUUUAAGUCUAGAAUACUUGUACGUGGAUGAUUAUGGUGAUUCAAUAUUUAAUUCUAAAAUACCGCAUAAGUUGUAGGGCAACGUGGGAAUAGGCCAACCUGACUUGCCAAAAGAGGUUGCCAAAUUUUAAAUUGACGGAGACCAUAAAAAUUAUGUCGAACUGGGCCAUCUUAGAGGCCAACAAGGCUUUUUGGGCCACCUAGCCAGCUUGUCGUCGAAUGCAUUACGACGGGAAGGAUGGGUCAAUGGAGUUACAGGGCUCUUUGGGCUAGCCGAGUAGGUUGAUAGGCGGAGGUAGACCAAGGAUGAGACCAUGUUACUUGCCAAAUGGGCCGUCUGGCUUUAACAGACUGGGAGAGGCCAGCCCACGAAAAUUUCAGGCUGAGCCAGCCCAAUUUUGAGGCUUCUAAGGCUUUUUGUGACAUGACCUGCAAGCCUAAGCUAUUUCGAGCUAAGUUUGAGCUACGUAAGGCUGGUGAUAUGGGCCCAGCCCGAUUAUUAUUAAUUUUUUUGAGUGUAAUAUUAAUAUUUAACAUAUUUCAAAUGAUGUUUAAAAUUUUUAUCAGUUCCAAAUGGAACUUGAUGAACCCAUUUUGGUUGAUCCAGCUCGUGAAUAAUCUUUUGGGCCAGGUCGAGCCCACUCCAAA